CCCAGUUGACCGCGUAGUGGCAGCAAGAAGCCACCAAUUCAACUUCAUUGCUCUUCGGAGAAAGAAGAAGAAUCACUUCCUGUCCGCUCGCUUCAACAACAACCACGAUGGCAACGUCAGUUGUAGAAACAAACUCUGAAACAGGGAAAUUUGAGUUUUUUUUGGAAGUGCCGUUCCCGACAUCUCGUGAAGCAGAAAUCGCUCUGCGCUCAUUGUCUCCAGACCGUGAACCAAGGAAAGGUGGAAUAACUAAAGAGCUGGUGCUGUCAGAAAACAUACUGUCUGUUAGGUGGAGUGCAGACGAGGCUCGAAUCCUCAGAGUGUCUGUGAACUCCUUUCUGGAUCACCUGUCACUUGUUGUGGAGACGAUGGAGAUGUUUGGACCUCCUGUUUCUCUGUGAAAGUGACCCUGGACUUUAAAUCCAACACUGGACUAUUGAGCAGGACUGAGUUGCAGCACUUGAACAAGGUAAAGGGACAGUUCAGCCUAUUCUAAGGGGGAGGUAACGUAACCAGAGUCUCCCAGAGACAAGGAUGUUUGGCUGCUAUAAAAACUCAGCUGUUGUCAGCACGGACAGGAAGAAGCCAAUAAACAAAAGACUCUCUUCAUUAAAUCUUAAUUUGUUUACAUCACUGAAAUGUUAAAAAAAAGUUAAAGUUUUGUUUUCUGGCAAAAAAAAACCCUCCUGUGGUCAGUUUGUGUCACAAGGUAAAUUUAAAGUGAGGAUAAAAAACAGAGGCAGCAGUGAAUCACCAAUUGGUCUUUGCAGGGAGCUUCAAUCAUUUCCUUCACAGAUAUAAGUUUAUGAGGAGUUCUGUUGUGUUUUAUACAUUAAAAAAAUUAUAUUUAAAAA